CGUAAACAUUCGAACCAUUUCUUGCUUCUUUUCUCAAAUUUACCCAGGAGGGUUCCAUUCUCUUUGAGGUGGCCAGGGUUAGCUUCAAAAAACCGAAGCCUCAAAACCUUGGCCAUCAUCAAUAAUAAAGAAAGGAAGAAAUAUGGGGAAAUUAGAGUUCAAUAAUUUUUUAAUUAUUUUGGUUUCUUUAGCAGUUAUAAUUCCUACCCUGAAUGCCAAUGUCUUGGAGAAAGAUGAUUAUUGGCAGAACCAUGUCAACGACUUCGAUUCUUAUUGGCAGGAAAGGGCAAAAACAGCUAAAAAGAACAGCGAGGCAGCUUAUUUUCAAGAUCCGUAUUCACUCUCCGGCAACCUGACUUCCAGUGUCAGCGAGCUUCUAGUUGGAAAGAACGCACGAAGGAACUUGAGGGGGCGAAACCGAGGAGCAGAAUGCAUGGCCACGAACCCCAUCGACAGGUGCUGGAGGUGUGACCCUAACUGGGCCGAAGACCGCCAGAAGCUUGCAGAUUGCGUGCAGGGAUUCGGCAGAAACACGGUCGGAGGCAAAGGUGGUCCAAUCUACGUUGUCACAGAUCCCUCAGACGAUGAAUUGAUAGACCUAAAACCUGGGACUCUCCGGCACGCGGUGACACGAGAGGGUCCACUGUGGAUCAUCUUCGCACGCAGCAUGCUCAUCACGCUCAAGCAGGAGCUCAUCAUGAACAGCAACAAGACCAUCGACGGAAGAGGAGUUGAGGUUUACAUCGCCAAUGGCGCUGGCCUCACUGUUCAGUUUGUCAGUAACAUCAUCAUCCAUGGUAUCAAGAUCUACGACAUUCAGCCCGGUGAGGGUGGCAUUAUCAGAGACUCUGAAACCCAUUAUGGCCAAAGGACAAGGAGUGAUGGUGAUGGGAUCUCCGUCUUUGGUGCUAGCAAUAUUUGGAUCGACCACGUUUCCAUGAGAAACUGCUCCGAUGGACUCAUUGAUGUCAUCAUGGCAUCCACUGCUAUCACCAUUUCCAACAGCCAUUUCACCGAUCACAACGAGGCGAUGUUGUUUGGUGCCCGUGACGAAUGCACAAUUGAUAAGAUCAUGCAAGUCACUCUUGCAUUCAACCACUUUGGCAAAAGAUUAGUUCAAAGGAUGCCCAGAGUCAGAUUUGGUUUUGUGCAUUCCGUUAACAACGACUACACUCACUGGGAAAUGUAUGCCAUUGGUGGCAACCAGAACCCCACCAUCAUCAGUGAGGGUAACCGAUUUAUAGGUCCUAACAACAGGUUUGCAAAAGAGAUUACAAAGAGAGAAUACACGGAAGAGAACAUUUGGAAGAACUGGCAGUGGAGAUCAAUCAACGAUGUAUACAUGAAUGGAGCAUUUUUUGUGGAAUCUGGGCCUGAGCUCGUAAACAGACCCUACUCAAGGCUAGACAUGAUCACAGCUAAGCCAGCGAGUUAUGUAGGAAGGCUUACACGCUUUUCUGGCAGCCUUAGGUGUAGAGUGGGAGAACCUUGUUAAUUAUUGGCCUUGCAUGUUAAUUCCCUUCUUCACAAAAUCCAUAUGUAGUACGUGGCGUGCAUGGCAAACGAUGGAAAGAAAGAAAAGAAAGAAGACUGAGCAAAGCCAGAUGUAUCCACCAAUAUAUAUAUGGCUUUUAUUUUUUUCGUAGGGAAUUAAUGUGUAGUCAAGAUCUAAAACCUUACAUCUGCCUGCCACAGAAGCUCAUAGGUGAUGUCGAAUUGUACUGCUACAAAAAUAGAAAAAAAAAAAAAAAACUCUAAUUAUCCCCCCAUUUUGGCUUA